CACUGUGUCGCCGGACGCUUGAGAGCGCCGCACCGCGCUCCGCAGGAAGUGCCCCUUUGGGCGGAAGCUUCUGAGCACGAUUUACCGGAAGUGCCUGUUCUUCCGGCCUCUUUGGUCUUGGCUGCAGAGACGAGAUGACAAAGGGGACGUCAUCGUUUGGAAAGCGUCGCAAUAAGACGCACACAUUGUGCCGCCGCUGUGGCUCUAAGGCCUACCACCUUCAGAAGUCCACUUGUGGAAAAUGUGGCUACCCUGCCAAGCGCAAGAGAAAGUAUAACUGGAGUGCCAAGGCUAAAAGAAGAAAUACCACGGGUACUGGUAGAAUGAGGCACCUAAAAAUUGUAUACCGCAGAUUCAGGCAUGGAUUCCGUGAAGGAACAACUCCUAAACCCAAGAGGGCAGCUGUUGCAGCAUCCAGUUCAUCUUAAGGAUUCCACUGAUUAGUUGUGCAAUAAAUGUUCUGAUUUUAAAAAUA